AAAUUCAACCCCUUUUUCUUGUCACCACAUAUCUUUGUAUUAGUGCUCUCUUCUUUUCUCCUCCACCUUUCCCUUCUGAAAAAUCACAGUGUUUAUCUGACUGCUUCACUGAGCAUGUUUAAGAAUAUCUCUUUAGUUUCCAAAGUUUAGAUCUUUGAGAAAACUGUGAUCUUUUCUUAUGCUUAUUGAAGUUUUCUUGGCUUUUAAACUGAUAUGAUGGUUCCAGUUUUAUCCAUCAUUUUGCUGAAAUGUCCAUUAAAAGGGGUCUUUGUGUUUAAGGGUAUUGACCCUUUGCAGUUGUCACUCCGAUUUUAUUUAGAAAAGCAACAACUCUGACAGCAAGAAUUGGUUUAUAUGUCUGUUUAGCUUGUUUAAUUCUUGAACUUGCCAAUUUGAAUAUAUAGGUUCAUGUUUUUUUUAAGUGGUGUCUGGACGGCUAGCGUGCACCUUGACUAUUCCAUCGAGUACUGGCUACCUCUCACCAACAUAGGUACCGGAUUCUUACUAAAAAUGGGGGCUUCAGAAGCAGCCCUUCACUUUUUAUCCGGGGAGUUUUCCUGUCAAUUCCGAACAAGUUCAAUCUUGGCGAAGUCGAGCUCUCUACUUUGCUAUGAGCAUUGUUUAAAAAGUAGAAAUUUUGGGGACAUGCGGUAUCAGCAGAUCAAGGGUUUAAGUAAGUGGAAAAAAUGCUCAAGUUUAAAUGCUUUUCGCGGCAUACAUAGUGUUUUUGGCGGAGAAAAGCUUCGUAGUCGCUCCAAAUCAUUGAUCUGCAAUUGCCAACAACCUGAAAGAUUCAAUGAGGCAAUCAUUAAGAAUGGAAAUGGGAGGUCAAUUCAUGCAAUCAGUUCAAAAAUUCCAAAUCAUGCUCAAGAUGAACAGAUGAUUAAGCAGGAAAAUGGAGCUCAGCUUUUCAGUAAAGGUUUGAAAACUGCUGCCACGGUUAAUAGUGCUUUUCCUAGGACCAACACGGACUCUAUUGAAGAUGAAGCGUGGCAUUUCUUGCGAGCAGCCAUGGUUUAUUACUGUGGCACCCCAGUUGGAACUAUAGCUGCUAAUGAUCCAAGUGAAGCAACUAUGCUAAACUAUGAUCAAGUAUUUAUACGUGAUUUUAUACCUUCUGGGAUAGCGUUCCUACUAAAAGGAGAAUAUGAUAUCGUGAGGAAUUUCAUACUUCACACACUUCAGUUGCAGAGUUGGGAGAAAACAAUGGAUUGCUAUAGUCCAGGUCAAGGACUGAUGCCCGCCAGCUUCAAAGUGCGUACUGUUCCACUUGAUAAUGACGAAUCUGCAACAGAAGAUGUAUUGGAUCCAGACUUUGGUGAGGCAGCAAUUGGUCGAGUUGCACCUGUUGAUUCAGGAUUGUGGUGGAUUAUACUGCUACGAGCAUAUGGGAAAUGCUCUGGAGAUCUUUCUCUUCAGGAGAGGGUUGAUGUCCAAACUGGAAUGAAGAUGAUCCUUAAGUUAUGUCUUGCAGAUGGUUUUGAUAUGUUUCCAACUUUGUUGGUGACCGAUGGUUCUUGCAUGAUAGAUCGCCGUAUGGGAAUCCAUGGCCACCCUCUGGAAAUUCAGGCGUUAUAUUAUUCAGCCUUACUUUGCGCACGAGAGAUGCUUGCUCCAGAGGAGGUAUCAACAGACCUUGUUAGGGCACUUAACAAUCGUCUGCUUGCAUUGUCAUUUCAUAUCAGGGAAUACUACUGGAUCGAUGUGAAAAAAUUGAACGAGAUUUAUAGAUACAAAACAGAGGAAUAUUCAUAUGAUGCGAUCAACAAGUUCAAUAUAUAUCCAGAUCAAAUUCCUCCCUGGCUGGUGGAAUGGAUGCCUAGUAAAGGAGGCUAUCUUAUUGGAAACUUGCAGCCAGCUCACAUGGAUUUCCGGUUCUUUGCACUUGGGAACUUAUGGUCCAUUGUAAGCAGUCUUGCUACUAUAGAUCAGUCACAUGCUAUUUUAGAUCUUAUUGAAGCAAAAUGGGAAGACUUAGUAGCUGAUAUGCCACUGAAGAUAUGUUAUCCUGCUCUUGAGGGCCAGGAAUGGCGCAUUAUUACCGGCGGUGAUCCAAAAAACACGCCUUGGUCUUACCAUAACGGAGGAUCCUGGCCAACUUUGCUCUGGCAGUUGACUGUGGCAUGCAUAAAAAUGAAGAGGCCAGAAAUAGCUGAAAAGGCAAUUAUGAUUGCUGAGAGACGCUUAGCGAGAGACAGGUGGCCGGAAUACUAUGAUACAAGGCGAGGAGGGUUCAUCGGAAAACAGGCACGUCUCUUUCAGACGUGGACUAUUGCAGGAUAUCUAGUGGCAAAGCAACUUAUUGCCAAUCCAGAAGCUGCAAAGAUUUUAAUCAAUGUGGAGGAUACAGAACUUCUAAGUGCCUUUUCAAGCAUUCUGAGUUCAAACCCAAGGAGAAAACGUUCACGAAAAGGAGUUAAGCAGUCUUUCAUCAUAUGAAAAUUUUCUUUUUGUUAAUUAAGCUUUUGUGUGAUAUUGGUCUAAGAUGAGCUUAAAUGUAACGAUAUGGUUAGUGAAGAUUCAUAUAUAUCCGAUCCCAACUCAGCUUGGGAUUGAGACAUAGUUGUAAAUGUUACCUAAAGCGUUUGUAUAGUUACUAUAAUGGAAAAUUUGUGGCAACAUGGCAUAUGAAGGUGCUGUCCUGUAUCAACUUUCCCUCUGUAAAUUCAUCAAAAUCCCAGCACAUUGUAUCUGA